AUGUCGGUUUGUCUUGUUGGAAGUUGGGUUAAAAUACCUAACGGCGAUGAUGAAUUGGAAAUGGCGGAAAACGUCUUUCUCAAUCGUGAUAAUAUCAAAAGCAUCCCCGAGGAUCGCGAAUAUUUAAGCGAUUUUCGAAACCAACACCCGGAUGUUAAGGCUGCAUUGGUUGAAGGAAUUGAUUGCUUCGAUGACCAAUACUUUGGGACUGGCGAAUCGGAGGCGAUCUGCAUGGACCCGCAGCAAAGAAUGUUGAUGCAAGGAGUGAUUCAUGCUUUGGAAAAUUCGGGCAUCACUAUUGAAAUGGCAUCUGAAGCGCGUGUGGCGGUGUACACCGCCGCAUGGGCGUAUGAUUAUAAAGAUCUGCUCCCACCCGAUCAAUAUAUGGCCACUGGAAAUUCGGCAAGUGUAAUGUGUGGAAGAAUCACAUAUUUCUUGAAUUCACGCGGCGCGGCCGUUGGAAUUGAGACGGCGUGUUCGUCAUCGCUCGUCGCCUUUCAUUUGGCAAGGCAAGCGAUAUUGACGGGAGAAGCCAAGAUGGCAUUAGUGUGCGGUGCAAAUCAUGUCGGAGCAAGAUCGUAUCACUCUCUUUACAAUUCGCACAUGGUGUCCCCAAAUGGACGACUAGCUGCAUUCGAUCGUUCUGCAAAUGGCUUCGUGCGCGCUGAAUCAUUUGCUGUGGCUGUUCUCUGCUCUCAUGAGUAUGCCGAACAAAACGGACUCAAGAUUCAUUGUCAUUGUGUUGGCUCGGCUUUUAACAGCGACGGUAGAACUCCAUCGUUGACGGCUCCAAAUCCAAUUUCGCAAUAUGAGGUUCAAUUGGAAGCCAUGUCCGGAAUUGACCCGAAAACCGUGCAGCUUGUCACCUGUCAUGGGACCGGUACAAAACUUGGAGAUCAAGUCGAAGUCACCGCAAUCAAAACGUCUUUCAAACCAGAUAUUCGAGUAAUGAGCCCAAAAAGUUCUCUUGGACAUGGCGAAGGAGCUGCCGGUUUGAUUGGAGUCCUUCAAUCACUCUAUGCAAUGGAGCAUUCGAUCAUUCCAAAUCAGCUUCAUCUUCAACUCCCAACAGCAGAUCUUGGUGAACAAAUCUCCAUGGUUUUUGUGAAUGAGGAAGUUGACUUGAAACGCCUUGCUAUUAGUUCGUAUGGAUUCGGUGGCACCAACUGUUGCGCUAUUCUCGAUAAGCCAGAAGAGAAGAAAAAGAUUUCUGAAGCUUAUGCUGAAUCGAAACUUCUCAUGCUUUCGGCGAAGAGCUUAGAAGCAUUGAAGUUGACCAUCGACCAGUACACCUCUUUCAUGAAUGAAACUGACAGUCAACUUGAAGAUAUUCUAUUUUCGGUCAACGCCAGAAAAACGAAAUACAACGUUAGAGCAGCAGUGUUUGGAAAAAAUCGCGAAGAAAUUGCAAGAAAACUGAAAUCCGGCGACUAUUUCAUGACUUCACUUUCACAAAAAAAUGACACGUUCGAAGUUGAAUUCGGUGAGGGCAAUGAAAAAUUGUGGCUUCUUCGCAUGCUGUAUGAGAGCAAUGAAACAUUCCGCUCCGCUGUUGACAAAUACUGUGCUCUUGCCGAAUCUUGUGGAUUCCCGGAAGCACGUACAGCUCUAUUCUUCCCAUUCAAAUUGGCAUUAACUCCGCUUACAUACAACGUGUCUCGAUUGAUUUCAAGCAUGGCGACAUUCCAACUACUUGUUGAAUAUAAAACUCCGCCAACGGUGGUCCGCGGAAAAGGAAUGGGCCAUAUAUUCGCCUUAGUUGCUUGCAAUGUAAUCUCCUUCCAAGAUGGCGUUAACUUGAUAAAGACGGUUGUCGCUGAUGGCGACUUAAAGACAGUCCUUUCAAAAAUCGACAUGAAAUCUUCCAAGCAUCCAAUUUCUGUCGGAACGAAGGCAACAAAAAAGAUAACGAAUCAAGAAAUUAAUGAUGAAAUCAAUGCAACCGCGUUGCCGAAUCUAAUGACUUUCAAGGUCAACGAUAAUGUGGUCAAUGAAACCGAUCCAAUUAAGAAAGUUCAAGUUCUAAUGGGUAUGCUGUUUGUAUCCGGCUUUGAUGUUGAAAUCAAGUACCGCGGAUCAAUUGUAAGAACUCCGGGUUACACAUUUUUGAAGAGAAGAUUCUGGCCAACACCUCAACCGGUUACAAGUACUGAACCGAUAAAAGAAACUGAUGAGAUUGAAAUCGACUAUGCCACUGCGGUAAAAGAGAUUGUGCAAAAAUUUCUGGAAAUUGACGAUGAGGACCUAAACCUACUCGAAUCUGGAAAUGUUGACUCGUUGACAUCAAUCGAAAUGAUUGAGGCGAUUGGAACAGCUACAAAUCGAGUUAUGCCUUUCGACUUGCUUGAUAAUUACCCAACGACUCGUGCGAUUAUUGAAUAUCUGAAUUCUUUGGCGGAAACAAAAGCAUCGACAACGAAAACUUCUCAUGUUGCCAAGCGCAGUGUAUCAUCAGCAUCCGGUAAAGCAAGUGUGAUCGCUUGCGAUUUCAAAUUUGCUGGAGUUGAUGGCGAGAAAGAAUUGUGGAAUACCCUUCUUACAUCAAAACUGGUCACUGGAAAAUUGUCGGAAAUCAGAGAAAAACAAAUCGAAGGAAAUCCUGGCCUAAACGUUGGACUUCUCAAUCAAGAUAUAUCGCUUUUUGAUAACUCAUUUUUCUCCAUUGCCAAUGAUGAAGCUGAAUUUAUUGAUCCGCAACACCGGCUUCUUCUUCAUUCCGCUCACAAUGCCUUAGAGAAGUCCGGAUUUCAAUCCAUCCCCGAUGCCGAUUUGUUUCUCGCAAUUAGCUCGCAUUCAGAAUAUCGUGCUCUUGCUGAGAAGCGUGUCGAUGAACUGGAUGAAAGACUUUGGAUGGGUACUGUUCACAGCAUGGCUGCUGGCAGACUUGCUGCUUAUUUCGGAAUUCGCGGUCGUGCAAUUCUUGUGGACACGACGUGCUCAUCUAUUGCCAGCGCCUUGGAAAUGGCCGUGGAGUCAAUUCGAAAUGGAAGAAAGUAUGCAAUUGUGGCGACGAGUCAACUCAUUCAAUCAUCUCGCUGGUUGAGCUCGCUUCAAGGUCUUCUUGAUCACAAUAGCACCAAGUCGUUCUCAGCGGAUGGCGCCGGAUUUUGCCGAUCUGAUGGUGUCGGUGUUAUCAUUCUCAAGUCUUAUGAGAAUGGAGAUGCUUCGCUACUCCAAAUUGGCGAUGCUAAGAGCCAUCACAGUGGAGCUGUGAUAACUCCAGUUGUGAGCGCCAUUUCUCAAUUGCUCGAGAAUGUCGGAGACAUAACCUACGUUGAAGGUCAUGGAACGGCGACAUCAGCUGGAGACAGUGCCGAAUCAAUGGCCUAUCAAAAACUCGGACGAGAAAUUGUCAUGUCUUCGGUGAAGGCGCAAUUCGGACACAGCGAAAUCGCAUCAGGACUUAUUCAGCUUAUGAAGGUUUCUGCUUUAACCAGAACUGGAAUAAUUCCAGCAUGUGUGCAUGUUGCACUUCCAAAUGAACACAUCAGAGAAAAUCCGAAAAUUCGACUACCAUUUGUUUCCGAAGAGACAAAUGUCGAAAAAGCAGCCAUCGUCUCAUUUGGAAUUACUGGAACGAAAACGGUGGUAGCGGCUGAGAAAGCGGAUAUUUAUGAAAAUAUUUGGACACCAAGUUGCUGCCUUCUUCCAAUUAGCGCAAAGACCAAGGAUGCCCUCAAGAAAUUGAUCGAAUCUUUCAUUGAAAUGCUAGCCAAUACCAAUGAGGACUUGUAUAGCAUUUCGCUUACGAUGCAAAAGCAGAAGACCCAAUUCAAAUGGAGAACUGCUGUUGUUGGAACACAUCACUUCAAUGUCAUCGACAAAUUGAAGCGAGUGGUCGCGGAUGAUUUCAAGAUGAACGUUCAGAACUGGCACGUCUGCACCAAUCCAUAUUCUAUCAGCUGCGAUUCAUUCUUCAACGAUAUUCCUGAGUUUGAGAAGCGAUACUCAGCAUUCUGUCAGAGAUUGCGAUUUGAACCUCACUCGGAUCCCGCCUCAUUGUAUCAUUCAAUGGCAGUGAGCUACGCUAUCGUCAAAAUGAUUAUCACCCAUCGGAUUACUAAACGAUUCGCUGUAUCGGGCUUCAAUUCUCUGGUGUUGCUUGCCGCAGUUGAUGCCGCUCCUUCUCAUUACUUGAAUGAUUUAAUGAAUUCAUUUGCCAACAACGAUAUUAGAAUGAUGAAGAGGAUCGCCAGAGAUGUCACGAUUCAAAUUGACAACAUUGAGAUCUUCGAUUUCAAUGGCGUUCCGAUCACUACGGCGCGUCACGCAGUGGAUGCAGCGAUUCAAGAUUGCCCAGGAAACUUUAAGUUCGAUCAAGACAUUUUGUUACUAUCUCAAUUUGAAGAGCUUCGAAAUGUCGAACCGCUUCAGACGUGCUCCGAUUACUGGCAAUAUGUUGCGCAGAAAUAUGUUCAAGGACAAGCUCUCGACUUUCCGUCUCUUUUUGAAAAUCCUUGCAAAUUCAUCGAGCUGCCUGAAUAUCCAUUCAAUCGAAAAUCAUUCUGGCUUCCGAUUCCCGAAACACACGAAAAUGCAGCAAUUGAUAGCGCACAAAUGAGCGUAAAUGAAUUCCUACUGAAUUCCGAAAAGUGGAAGCAUGUAAAGAAUCACGUUGUGGAUUCGAAAAUCGUUCUACCUGGUGCAACAUCCAUGAGAAUUGCAUUUGAGUAUAACGGAAGGAAGCCGGUUAGCCUUACGAACAUUGAUUUCUUGAACAAGAUACUUCCGAAGGAGAUUUCAAUGACAGUUGCUGUAAAUGUUGAAAAUGGCCAAUGCACUCUCUCAUUCGAUGAAUUGGAUGCCAUCAGCUAUAAGCUGAACGAAAAUGUUAAAAUAACACCAAUCACCAAGGAAAACCUCAAAGCUGAAGAAAAAUAUACGGAUGAUAUUUAUUUACGAUUUGCUUCCAGUCAACUAGUUUAUCGCAAUCAAUUCCAAAUGCUUGAUUCAAUGAGGCAUCGCAACGGACAUGGGGAAGCAAGAUUCAAUGAUUUAGCAGAUUUGGAUAUUCUUAUUGAUGGAACUCUUCAAGCAAUUGUCAUGAGCUACAUGUUUGAGAAUCCUGAAGACGAGAGCCCAUUCGUGCCAUUUACUAUUGACAGAAUCACUAUUAUCAAUGACAAUCUUGCGGGAAAACAGCUUCACACAUCCUUGACAUACUCGAAUACGGAUGUAUUUAUCACGGGAAAUGCUACCGUUUAUGAUCAAGAUCAUAAUGUUAUUAUUCAUAUUGAAAAUGUCACAUUCAAAAGAUUGAAUCCGAAAUCUGCUCCAACUUCUGUUGUGAAAUCGGCUAUUAUAAAAUCGGGAAAACAGAACGAAGAAGCGAGGAAGGAAGCUCGGAAGCAUUUGCACAAUUGGUUCGAGGAGAAUUUUGGAUGGACCGAGAUCGACGACACUGUGGGAUUCUUUGAUCUCGGUUUGACUUCAAUACAAGCAGUAAAACUGCGCAAUGCCAUCAAGUCGCAAUAUCCAGAUGCUUCUUCCACGUGUAUAUUCGAUUACCCGAGUGUUCAAGAGCUCUCAACGUACCUGUCCUCCUUGGUGCACCCAAUUGAUUAUCAGGAGUCUGAAGCUGACAAAGAAAUCGAUGAGCUGGAGGAAGACCAACAACCUACAAGAGUGGCGCUCAACCCAAUUGGAGUGAUGGCCGCUUCGUGCCGUCUACCCGGAGGAAUCACUAGUCCAGAAGAGCUCUGGCAAUUGCUCAAACUUGGCAUCAAUGCAUCUUCAAGAAUUCCGGCAACUCGAAUUCCAACAAGAAACAAUCUCAUUCGCGGUGCAAAAUAUGGAAACCCGGUCGAAGGUGGAAACUUCAUCACCCAAGACAUUUCACUAUUUGAUCCCGCGUUCUUCAAAAUUUCGAAGAGUGAAGCCGAAAUGGUGGAUCCACAACAAAGAAUUCUUCUAGAAUGUGUUCAGGAAUGCCUUGAAAACAGUGGAGUGACGGAAACCAGUGAUGUCGGAGUGUUCGUGGGAUUAAUGGAGAAAGAAUAUCAAGAAAUGAUGGAAUCUUCAUCAAUUCUCUCGAUGCUGGGAUCGAUGGCUGCUGUGAUUGCAGGACGCGUGAAUUACGUUUUUGGAUGUCAUGGUCCAUCCGUGACAAUUGAUACAGCCUGCUCCUCAUCACUUGUUGCUCUUGAAAUGGCAGUGAAUGCUCUUCUUGAUAAGCGAUGCUCAAAAGUUAUUGUCGCUGGUGUCAAUCUAAUCUUGAACGAAAAAGGACAAGGCCUACGAACAAAUGGAAAAAUGCUUUCUCAACAUGGAAUGUCAUUGAGUUUUGAUUCACGAGCUUCCGGUUACGGAAGAUCCGAUGGAUGUGUGGUUCUGAUGCUCGAAUUGGCCAAACCAAAUUACCACUACAUGUCAACAAUUCAAGCAGUCAAUGUCAACCAUGGCGGAAGAAGUGUAUCUUUAACCGCGCCAAACGGUGUUGCUCACAAAAUGCUUCUCACUUCAAUUAUCAAUGCGAGCCCAUCAUUAGCUAUUGAUUAUUGGGAGGCUCAUGGCACUGGAACACCACUAGGUGACCCAAUCGAGUUCAAUACAUUGUCGUCAAUCCUUCAAAAUAUAUUAAUUGGAUCCGUCAAAGCGUCGCUGGGUCAUGGCGAAGCAUCGGCGGGAACAUGUGGACUUCUUAAACUUUUCCUAAUGCUCACAUAUCAAUACGUGCCAACUCUCAUUCAUUUCCAUGUCCUCAACAAGGAUAUCAAUUCGGGGUCAAUUCGCCUUCCGAUUAUUGGAGAAGACGCGGAAUUGACAUCAGCUGGAAUCAGCUCAUUCGGUGUUAGUGGAACUAACGCUGCGGCCAUCGCCUUCAACGACAACAACAAAUUGGAGCCAUACACGACCAUUCACAAAACUUAUAUUUUGCCGAUAUCGGCAAAAAAUCAAUUUUCAAUCGAUGGACUUGAAAAGGAAAUUGUGAAUGUUCUUCCAGUCACUGAUGUGCCAAUAAGCCACGUGGCAAGCACAUUGGCUAAUAAUCGUAUGCAUUUCAACAUUCGAAACGCUUUGCUCGUAACGUGCUCGGGUCGUAUUUUGCAAAAGUUUGCCGGAAAGAAUCAAAGAAUUGUGAAAAAGGAGCGAUAUCGUGUCAAAUUGGGGAGAGGUCUCUUUGAGCCAAGCCUUCUCCAGUUUGAUCUAAUCAAUGAGAUGUAUACGGUAGCAUCGUUGAAGAACCCGCAACACUUUGCGUUGAAGUAUAGCAUUGUAAAGUUCAUCACUUCACUGUCCAGCUACAUCCAAGUAAUUGCCAAUGACACAGAUGAGCUGCUCUCAAUUCUUCUCGCAGAUGGAACCUUGCCAUGGAGCAAAUUGAGCUCAGGACUAUUUGAGAAAACACCUGGCUCAUUGCUAAACGAACUCGCUGAUAUGAACAUCACUAUCGCCAAUAACACCCAUGUAAAGAACUUCCAAACCAGCGCUGAUGUGAAGGAAGAGGUUCAUAGUCUUGAAGAAUUGAACAAGUUUAUUAUAAACAUGUACAUUAAUGGCUACGACAUUGAUUGGAGCAAUGUGUACACUCCGGUCCAAAAAUACAUUAAUCUGCCCAACUAUUACUUUAACAAACAGCCAAUUUGGUUUGAAGAUCGCGGCAAAAUCUUCGAUCAUUAUCUGAUUGGUUGCAUCGAAGAAAACGUCAAGGACAAACUUGUGUUGAAAAACUGGAUAACUGAGCUUCGUCAUCGAUAUCUGUUCCGCGGAAGACCUAUCGAUGUUGGCACCAUCUUUGAGAUUGCCAUCGAAGCGCUUAAGGUUCAAAACGAACUGCCAUUCUCCCUACAGAACCUUACGACCAAUCAAAUUACACUGACGAGACCAGCGUGGCUGAGGACGGAAAUUGAGAAAAAUUUGGAUGAAGAAGCAUAUAGUGUUAGCGCAUAUAUUGAAGAACAACUUUUGUUCACAUUAACUGCCACACCAUAUUCGCAAGAUGAAGUCGAAACUCCAGCAGUGGACGUGCGAAUUCCAGAAAAAAUUGUCCAUUUGCCCGAUUGUCCGAGUGCAAUCAUCCGCAGGAAUUACAAUACUUAUUAUGUCGAUUCAACCGCCGAGGUUUCACCAUUUCGAACAGCAAAUUUGGUGCUCAAUGAAAUUAUUGGAUUUGCUCCCAAUCCUUCAGACAUGUUCCUCGAAAUUCUUGGAGGCUUCCCAUCGGUUUACUAUAUGGUUCGCCUUGAUGAUGGCGCACUUUGGCAAUUCCAGAUUCUCUCUGCCAAUCGUGAUGUGCUGUCAAACGUCUACAUAUUGAAGGACGCCAAAGGAUUGGACAUUCCAACAAUAAAAAUGCAUAAAAAAUCAACAUUGUUGUCAUCUCAAGAGGCCGCCGCGGUGGCAGCGAAAUCGCUUCAGCUGGAUAUCCGUCAAAAAGUCCGAAACGCUUUUAAUGACGUCAUCGAUAGCGGAAUGGAAAUUGAUGAUAGCCAAAUGAGUACCGGAUUUACUGAGCUCGGCAUGGAUUCGCAUGCCACCGUUGAUCUACUCAACCGCCUCAACCAGAAAUACUUCAGCGACAUCGAAUUGACCACCAGUGAUUUGUUUGAUAAUCCGAAUAUCGAAGAUUUGUCGGUGAAAAUUGAAGAGCUUUUAAGAGAAAAGGGCAUUAGCAAUUUGCCAUCAGCAAAUCCGACACCAAAAACAUCAUUGAGAGAGCGGAAAUUGUCAAUUCCGGCCAAUCGGCAUCAAGAGCUCGCUCAAAUUGAGUUCGUCCAACAGUACAACGAAAGUGAAAAUAGACAUAAUGUGAAUACAAACGAAACGACAACGCAUGAUCAAGAUGAAAUCAAACGAAAAAUAUCGACCGCCGUGAUGGAUAUUGCCACCGAGACGGUCACCGCCGAAGACCUUGAGAUCAAAGGGUUCACCGAGCUCGGAAUGGAUUCACUUUCAAUUGUCGACUUUGUGAAUCGAUUAAAUGAAAAGUACUUCCCUGGAGAAGAAAUCAACACGAGCGAUGUGUUCGAUUACUCGACGGUCGAGGAAUUGGCAAAACACAUUUCAAAUAAAAAAAGGAGUGUCGUCGAAAAAAAAGGAAAUGAGACAGCGAGGAACCGAAACGAGGAUGAUGGAAUUCAAGAAGUACAUCUGUCUCAAGCCUAUGUUUUGAUUGAGGACGAUACGAUAACAGGGUUUGAUUGGACAUUUAGACAUUUCAAGGAUGGACUAUUCCAAUUGGCCGAACAUGGAAGUAGUGAGAACUCAAUGAUUAUUAGUGGAGCAGGUCCAUUAAAAGAAGAUGAUCUUUCAAGAAACCUGUCCAAUAAGACAAUCUUGGUAGAUCUGGAUGACUUCAACGGAAUUGUUGAAAAUUUGUAUCUUGCUCUUCUCAAUUUGGUGAAAGCACUAUCAAAAGGAAAAGUAAAUUGUAAAUUUACGGUGUCUCGAAAUUUUUCGCUUGGGAACACCAUUGCAAGAGCCUUCUUAAAAACGGUGACCGCUGAGAAGUAUCCAACUAUUCAAUAUAACUGGAACCAACGAAUUCAACAAGUUUCUGCGUUUGAGAGCAAACAACCAAUACGAGGAUCUUGGCUGAUUACUGGAGGAUUGAGUGGAAUUGGAUUCGAAAUUGGAAGAUACAUUGCGAACAAUGGCGCUCAAAAUGUAAUACUUGUCAGUCGAAGAAGUCCUUCUGAAGAAAUCCUAAAAGAUAUCUCGACAUGGAAGUGCAAGGUCUACACAAUUGCUGCUGACAUUGGAGAUAAGGCGACGCUUAUAAAAGAGCUGAGCAGAAUCAAUAUCAAAAUAACGGGUGUUGUUCAUUCAGCUGGAGUUUUGAAAGAUUCGAAGAUUGAGCGCCAAACGAAAGAAACUUUCAAUCAAGUUUUUAAACCAAAAGCUGAUGGAUGUAAUGUUUUGGAGGAAAUUGAGGAGCAUUUCAAUUAUGAUUUCGAGCAUUUCAUAAUGAUGUCAUCGUUCACCUCAGCAUGUGGUAAUGAAGGUCAACUAAACUAUGGAGUUGCAAAUGCUUAUUUGGAAUACCAGAUCAAAAAGCGUCGAAGUGCUGGAAAAUCAGGAUGUGCCAUUCAGUGGGGUAACUGGAUCGAUACUGGAAUGGCAACAAGCCCAAAUAUCCGAAAAUUCUUGGCAGAUCUUGGAUUUUUGGGGCAACAUAACAAUGAUGCUCUGAAAUAUCUUCAUAUGUGCAUUGAGAAGCAGCCAGAAGUUAUAAUGAUUGCCAAUAUCAAUUGGGAUCUGAUCCUCAAGAAUCGAAAAGAUCUUCCGAGAAAUUUGAUUGUCGAAGGAAUUCGGAAUCUGGAUGAAAUCAUAAGCUCGGAUGAGAAACCAGAAGACAUCAAAGAAGAAAAGUAUGAUAUCGAAGAUGAAGAUGAAAUGCUUGAUUUUGUGAAGGAGAAGCUCGCCGAGCUUAUCAAAACAUCUCCAAACCGCGUGAAAAAUAAUAGCAACUUGAUGGAUAUCGGAUUGGAUUCCCAACUUCUUACACAAUUCAUUCAUUUUCUGAACAAAAAUUUCGCGUUGAAACUAAAUUUGUCUGAUAUCUAUAAUAAUUCAUCGCCGGAAAAAUUGUCAAGUUUCCUGUGGAGCCAACUACAACAAAAUAACGAUGAUGAGAAGGAAACCAUCGCCGAAAAGAUUGAAGAUGUGAAAGGGUGUGAUGAUUUUUGUUCGUCUCUUGGAAUGAAUAUAUUCUUCGAUGAUGAGUCGAAAAUUGAACAAAUGAAGAAAGUUGCUCUAGAAGAGCCCGAGAAGUUACCGAAAAACGGAACGUUUGUUGUUUCGGCAAUUGGAAAGAAUUUCGAAGAAUUUAGAAAAAAUCUGGAAAACGCCAAAAGCAAAAAAGUUGUGAAAAUUACUAAAUCGGUGCUCAUGUUAACCGGACAAGGAUCACAAUAUCCAAUGAUGGGAAGACAAUUAUGCGAGAACUAUGCCAUCUUCAGAAACACAUUGCAUUACUGUUUGACAGAAUGUGACAAACAUUUGAAGGGCGACAUUCCAUUGUGGGAGAUUUUGUUCAACACCGACCAUUAUCAAUUGCUCCAGCUCACCACUAACAUGCAACCAAUCAUGUUCAGUUUUGGAUACGCUUUGGCGAAAUUGUGGGAGUUCUUAGGAUUCGUUCCGGACUACUAUCUUGGUCACAGCGUUGGUGAAUUGGCGGCCGCUGUCCUAGCGGGAAUGAUGGGCCUUGAUGAUGGUUUAAAGCUCAUUGUUGAGAGAGGAAAAGCUAUGGAGGGAAUAGCAGGACUCGGAGCUCUUCUCGCCGUUCAAAAAGAAAUUGCCGAUGAUGUGAUCAGAAAGUAUGACGUAUGUGUUGCGACAAUCAACAGCCCGAAGCAGGUUGUAUUUGCUGGUAAGAAGGAUGAACUGGACAAAGCUUUAGCAUUUGUUAAGGGACAAGGAAAGCAAGGGACAUUUGUUAAUCAGAAAUACCCAUUCCAUUCCAAUUUGAUUCAAGAAUCUCAUCUUCAAGGUCUCCGGAACUGUCUAGAAGGAAUGGUGUUCCACAAAGCAACAAUUCCUCUGAUUAGCAAUGUAUCAGGACAAAUGAUCACCGAAUUCACAGAAGAGUACAUCAUCAAGCAUACUGUCUCGGCGGUUAAAUUUGUCAACUGUGUUGAAACACUUCAAGGACUUGGUCUGAAUACGUGGGUUGACGCUGGACCAGCUGCUGUCCUUGCAACAUUUGUGAAGCGCAUUAUAUUCCCGUCUGAUCUACCAAACCACCGAAUUGUUCAAACUUGUAAGGAGAAGGAUUCUGACGGCGAUGCUCUUCUUACAUCAUGUUUGGAGCUCGAGCAAGGGGGAAUUUCGAUCAACUGGAAUGCAGUUUAUGGGUGCGAACAGAUAACAAUCCCCAGCGUUGUUGACUUCCCAGCAGUCAAAUCCUUCGAAAUUGAAGAUGACGAAUACGAAGUUCUGAAGGAUCACAAGUUGAAUGAAAGAAUCAUCGUUGCCGGCGUUUACCAAGUCCACAAAAUGCAUAAAUUUGUGGUGGAAAGGUCUAAUGAUCACAAGCUGGUGUUGAGAAACGUGAAAUUCCUAAAACCUUGGUUCAUCGAGGAAGGAAAAACGUUUGAAAUUGAUUGGCUUCCAAAUAUGAACAUCGAAUUGAGAGUCAAAAACGUUGUCGUGUGCAGCGCGAGAAUUGAAGAAGACGAUGGCCUUUCAAUAACGAUUCCAGAAGAAGGGCCCGACGAGCAAGCGUUUGAUGUGAGCCAGUUCUACGACUCGCUUCAUAGAAACGGAUUGCAAUAUGGUCCCCGAUUUCGUGUGAUUUCUGAAGCCAAAAGAUCAAACAAGCGAUGCCUCGCAACUUUGAAGAAUUCCAAUUUCAUUUGGCCAUUGAUUGACGGAGCAAUGCAUUCAGUCACAUCAAGCGUUCUUCAAAGACGUCCUGAUUGCUAUUUCCUUCCGGUAGCGCUUGGAACAAUCACAAUGAAGAGCACCGAAGUACCCGAGACGAGCAAUUCAACGGCUGUGAUCAUUUCGGAAACCGAUAAAUUCAUUCAAGUCAACGUUGGACUCUAUUCCGGCGAUAAGACGAUUUGCGAAAUUCGGAAUAUGACUAUUGUUGUUCUCAAUCUGGAGAAAAACGCGGAAAGUCUGAAAAACGAGGAAGAAAAAUCGGAGAUCCAAAUUGUAAGCUUUGAUCUUAGUCUUCCCUUAAAUAAGCCAUUCGACAAAUACGAAGGAUGGCAGUUUCUUAAAACGGGAAAAGUGAAAUCGAAUCUCGAAUUUCGACAAGAAAACGCUUUUGUCUCGACGCUUGAUGCUGAAAUACGCGAAUGGGAUCCCGAGCAUUUUGGAAUUCGGCCGAAUGAAGCAAAAUAUAUGGAUCCGCAGCAACGGUUGCUUUUGACUAGCGUUGCUCAGCUUCUGCACUCUGCUAGUAUUCAAGCAUUACCAUCAAAUACUGGAGUGUUUGUGGGAUGUUCAACGCAUGAAUUCCCGCAAAUCGUGUACGCUCAUGCGAAAUCACCAAAAGCUGAAUGGAGUGGUGGAACCGCGACGUCCUCAAUGGCUGGAAGAAUUGCGCAUUGGCUUAAACUUCAGGGACCGGUUAUGAACGUUGACACUGCUUGUUCAUCCUCAUUAGCUGCUCUAGCUUCAGCUUGCGAUCAUUUGAAAGCUGGAAAGUGCGACUACGCUAUUGUAGCAACAAUUAAUCUUGUCCUGCACUCAAUGACGACAAAUGUGCUUUCCAGCGCUCAAAUGAUUGUGCCCGACUUUUGCAAGGUUUUUGACAUUGAUGCGAAUGGCUAUAAACGCUCGGAAGCAAUUUGCACGAUGCUUCUAACACGCAAGGACGUAGAAAACAGUCUUGGCACCAUUUUACAGUGGGCUAUUGGUCAUAAUGGAACCAGCAGUUCUUUGUAUACCCCAAAUGGAAAAUCACAAACAGAGCUUAUUAGAAUGUGUCAGGCUUCCUCAGAAGGCUUAGAUAUCCAAACACAUGCAACGGGAACUAAAAUAGGUGAUCCCAUUGAGCUGUCAGCAUUGCUUAACGCAUACCCAGAAGGUGUGUUAAAUAUUUCUGCUUUAAAAUCAAAUAUUGGACAUUGUGAAGGAGCCAGCGGUCUCAUAGCUCUUUGCAUUAGUUUGAUAGAACAUCAAAAUUGCUAUAAGCUUCCCCAGCUUCAUCUAAAACUGCUGAACUCGCCAAAUAGCGAACGAUUGAGACUUCGUUUUGUAGGCGAGGAGCAGGAAUCGCAAAAUGUUUUAAUUAACAAUUUUGGGUUUACUGGAACCAAUUGUUCCGUUUUGCUGAGGCCCACAAAUAUUGCAGUAAAUGAAUCAGUGGAUACCGAAAUGUCCUAUCCAAUGUACAUUUCAGCGAGCUCAAAAAAGGCUUUAGACAAAUACUGCACAGUUUUUUGUCAAUUUGUCAGCGAAACAAACGAACCACUUUCAGCAAUAUCAUUUACAUUAUCGCUUGAAAAAGUGUAUAGAUUCCGAAGAGUAUUGAUCUAUAGUUAUAAGCGAAAAAUUAUAUGUACCAAUGGUGACGAUGUUACUGAGGAGACGCAAAAGUAUUAUCAGGCAAUCAAGAGAUUCAUUGAUGAGGGCAUUUUGCCAAAAAUUACUGGCAAUAGAAAAGUAGACCUACCCCCACUAGUGUUUAAUGAAUCGUAUUAUUGGGAUAUUGAUGAAUAUCCUGAUGACACUUGUAAGAAGCCUGAUGAAACGACGACGCCAAACAUUUUCUACAAAAGGCUUCUUGAGCCAAAACCACCCAUUCGUGUUCAACAGAAUGUUCGAACCAUUCUUUCUUACGGUCAAUUUCCGAACAUUCAAGAGGCUUCGAUUGAGAAAUUGAGGGAUUGUUGCACUGAUAUUAUUGUUAUGCAAUUGUUCGGAAGCACUGAAGAAGAAUUCUUCAGAUUACUCAAUUUGUGGAAGAAUUUAGAUCAGGAAAAUGUCAAGCUUUUAAUCAUUUGUGCACAGUCUAACUUCACAAUGUAUACCGAAUGGACGGGAACAUUGAAAAGCUUAGCGGCUGAGAAACUAAUACCCUAUAAGUUUGUUAGCUUUGAAGAUCCUCAGCAGAUACAUAGUAAUGAGCUGAGCCUCACCGAUAGCUAUGAAUCGAUAUUCUAUCGAAAUGAUGCUCGAUUUGUUGAGCGACUUGUUGAAGAAAUAGUAAAGCUGAAGGAAGGCAUAAGAUUCGAGAAAAUAUUGAUGUCAGGCGGCACUGGAGGGAUUGGGUCAGCCGUUGUCGAUUUUAUGAAUCUGAAGAAUGUCUCAAUUAUAUCAAGAACAGCUGGAACGAAUCAUAUACAAGGAAAUGUAGCAACCGUUCAACUUCUCAACAAAGGAUACGACUCAAUAUUUCAUUUUGCUGGAAUUGUCGACAACGAAACCCAUCAAAGGAUGACAAAUUUGCAAUUCCAAAACACGUUUGAACCGAAAGUUAAAGGAGCCAAGAACUUGUUAUCAAUUUGCAAUCGUGACGCGGAGUUCAAAUUUUCAUCUUCAGUGGCUUGCAUUUUCGGAUCAUUUGGACAAUCGAAUUAUGCAUUUGCAAACGGUUUGGCGGCAUCAAUCUUAGAAAAAAGUGAGGUGAACUCUGAUGUUAUUCAUUUUGGAGCAUGGAAGGAUGUUGGAAUGCUAGCACGCCAAGAGUGCGGUGAGAUAAGAAAACAGCUGAACCACAAUGGUUGGAGGAUGCUAAGCAAUACCGAAGCUCUAAGUGUAUUUAAGGUUCGAAAAUCGAAAAAGAAACGUGACAUUAUCGUUUUUAAUGGAGAUUUUGAAGAAAUCAUUAGAAGAAGCCCAUAUUUGAGACCUCUACUUUCGAAACUCGUGAAAGUUGAAGAAAGCGAAAUAAAUAAUAACCAGAAAGCGAGCUUCGAAGAUAUAUUCUUCAAAAUCACUGGUAUAAAACCAAGAAAUGAUGUCGAUUCAAUACCAUUCAUGGACCUUGGAAUCGACUCGCUAUGUAUCGAAAACCUUCGGCAAACGAUUGAAAUCGAGAUGGACAUAAAACUUUCACUCAAUGAGAUUUUUGAUAAUGCUAAUUAUAGCAAGAUGCGCGACCUUAUAAAUAAGAAGAAAAAUGAGGGACCGAAGAAGGUUACAUUUAAUAUAGCUACUAAUGAGGAUGGGCAAAUAGACGAGAGAAUUGCAGUGAUUGGAUGGAGUGCGGAAUUCUCCAAUGUGGAGAAUAUCUCCGAGUUUUGGGAAGAACUAAUGGCUGGAAAAUCAUUACUAGAAGAGGAUGGCACAGGACGUUUGAAACAUCCCGAUGACUUUGACAACACGUUUUUCAAUAUCACCGAUGAGGAUAGUAAAGUGCUUGAUUCUCAAAUCAAGAAAUUCAUUCAGCACGCGUAUUGGGCUUUAGAAAAUUCCGGAUACAUUAAGGUGAGAAGCAAUCUACGAUGCGCAGUGUUUGCUGGCGCUGAGCCAACAGAGAAAAAUAUUGAAGAGCAACCAGAUGCAAUGCGGCGAAUGUUUGCAAUAAAUAUGAAUAAUUAUUUAGCAUCAUAUGCAGCAUAUUGCUUGGAUCUUCAAGGAGAGGCAACUUCGGUUUAUACAGCCUGUUCGACAUCAUUAGUAGCUGUAGCUCAUGCUGUAAAGUGCCUUCAAAGAAAUGAAGCGGAUUUAGCAUUGGCUGGAGCUGCUUCAAUCGCGCUCAGUGGAAUAAUGGAUGAGAAGAAGACGGUUUUUGCCGGAAAAGAAAACUUCCGACCAUUCGACAAGGACUCAACCGGUAUUGCUAGGGGAUCUGGAGUUGGAUGUUUGGUGUUAAAACGACUCGACAAAGCAGUCAAAGACAAUGAUAAUAUAUACUGCGUAAUUAAAAACUUCUCAAUUUGUAACGAUGGAAUAUCGAAAGCUAGUUUCAUGGCACCCAACCCGUCGGGUCAAUUGCGCUGUAUAAAUGGCGCUUUGCUGAAUCUCACCGAUGAAGAGAAGCAGAGGAUUCGGUAUAUUGAAUGCCAUGCCACUGGAACACCACUUGGCGAUUCAAUCGAACUUAAUUCAUUGAAAGACGCGUACAACUUUAAAACGAGCCUCACUAUUGGAUCUUGUAAAGCAAACAUUGGACAUGCAUAUGCGGCUUCAGGCCUUGCGUCGAUUAUAAAAUCAGCAAUGAUAUUGAAGUCAAAAUUAAUACCUCCACAGAUCAACUUUAAUCAGUUUCGCGAGGACUAUGGCGAAUUUUUAAAUAUCAAUACCAAAGCAAUGAAUAUUGAAACCGGUAGCAUUAUUGCUAUUGAUUGUUUCGGUAUUGGAGGCACUAAUGUACACAUGCUGAUCGAAGAAGGACCUGCACUCGCAAUAAUGGAGAAAGUGCCUAAAAACUGUGCUGUUAUACCCGUGUCCGCAAAAUCAUUUAAUUCGCUCAAUGCCCAAAAGCAAGCUAUAGUAAAAUACCAGUCUGAAAAUCUUUUGACGGUGCAAUCUAUUUCGACACUCCAACAUCAUCGAGAAAAUUAUAGUCACCGUUCGUUUUUGAUCGCUAAGGAAAAUGAUAUCAUACACCUUGGCGACAAUGUGACUUCAAAAUUAUCACCAAAAGUGUGCUUUUUCCUAGCUCCACAAGGAAUACAAUUCAGCAAUUUGUUCCCAUUUGAUAAUGAACAUUCGGCGUAUCAUGUUGAAAUUAAUCGUCUUUGUGGUCUUGCUUCUCAAAUUUGUAAAAAGGAUUUUGAAGAGAUUCUUAAUUCGAAUAAUCGGUUGAACGAUGUGGAGAACACGCAGGUUGGAUUGUUCAUACAAUGUAUGGCUAUUGCUCGAACAUUGCAAGAGAGUGGCAUCGAACCAGACCUCCUUGCUGGCCACAGUCUCGGAGAAUACACUUGCGCAGCUCUCAGUGGAGUUUUAAUCGAGUCGGACGCAUUUAAUUUGCUCAAUCGUCGUUCGAAACUUAUUGGAACAACACCGGAGACUGAGAUGAUCAUGGUUUGGGGAGACAUUUGCCCACCGAAAUGUCUCGAAGAAACUGCCAUCGUGAGUGACAAAAUUCGAUGUUUCGUUGGAUAUCAUAAAGAUGUUCAACCGUUCAGCGAAUCAUUGAAGGCACGCGGAAUCAAAUAUAAAAUGGUUGGAACUCAAUUCGGGUUUCACUCAUCCUUCAUGAAUCCAAUUUCAUAUCAAUUCCGAAGGCUUUGUGAUGGCUUCAAAUUUCGAGAAGGAUGCAUUCCGUGGAUUUCGAGCAUCACCGGAGAGAAAAUGACAACCCUUUCUUCAGACUACUGUACUUCUCACUUGAGUUCUUCAAUCAAUUUAAAGUUACUAGUUGAAGCAUUAAUUGCGGAAAAUAUCGAUAUUAUUGUAGAAAUUGGACCCUCAGGUGUUCUUGAGAGUUUGCUUCAAGAUAUUGGCUCGAAGAUUGUUGUGAUACCAACAUGUGGAAGAAAAUCACGACCACUUCCUUCAUUGGAGAUUUGCAAGGCACGCGCAUGGAGCCAUGGAAUAAACAUUAAAUUCGAGCAAGAAUGCUCAUCUAUUGAUCCGAAGCUACCAGGAUAUCAAUUUGAAGCUCAUCGACAAGAAAGUGUGCAAAUUUUCAAACAGCAAUGGAUCCCAAUAGCUGAUGAAGUUGUAAAAGAAGAUUUAGAUGCGAAGAUAUAUGAAUUACCGGCGGAUUGUAAGGAUGUCAAUUCAAUAUUCUACGACUGCAUGUCAUUAGCUAAAUACGGAAAGAGCAAGCUCAUCAUUAUUUCAAACACAUUAGAGCCCGCGCACUAUCUUGCUCUUGGUGUUCUACGCAAUAGUCAUAUUACUAAUGGACGCCGCAUGAUUUUUGUGGAAAACCCGCUGAAUCUACAAACAAGUGACGUCGUCAAAAUGGUGUCAUCCAUGACUGAAGACAUUGUUAGAAUCUCUAUGAAUGAAUGCCAUUUUCUCGAUUACAAGCCGACAAGAUUUCCCGAAAUAGAAAUGGGGUUCGUUGGAAUCGUUGCAGUUCUAUUUGGAGCUAAUGGAUUUGUCGGAAGAUGUUAUGAUCGAGUUCUUCGCCAACACAAUUUCAAGGUUGUUCGAGUUGCCAAAACCAAUUCCGACGUCAAUUGCAAUAUCACAAUCAAACAAUCAGUCAUUGAGUCAUUACGGACCAUCCAGAAGAAGCAUGGGAGAAUAUCAUUAAUGAUAAACUGUGUUGGCAAGGAUCCUUCCACGAAAUUGUGCAAAUCUCGAAAGGAGCAAGAUGAAAUACUGUCUUCAAAAACAAUUGCAAAUAUGAACAUCAUCGAAGCAGUCAUCGAACUGGAUAUCGUUGUUGAGAAAUUCAUAAUGUGCUCAUCGCUAAGCUCUGUCAUUCCACUAUUGGGAUGUGAAGACUACUCCUCAGCGAAUUGUUUUGUUGACCGACUUGCUCAUGAAAGUCAUCCAUGUAUUCAAGAACGCCUAGCGAUUGCUCUUCCUCCAAUCAUUGGUAGCCGAAUGUUUGAAGAAUCGAAAAGUUCGGUGAAAAACGUUUUGAAGUCAAUUGCAAUUAGCGAAGAUGGGCUGGAAAGAUUACUGUGGGCUACUAUUGGAAUGAGUGGUGCUAUUUAUCUUUGCAAGAGGGAUUUGAAGUCGAUGGUAUAUGACAGCAUCCGAUAUCACACUUCCGAAUAUUCGACCUCAACGAAGAGUAAUUCAAUCAAGAUGGAUAUAAUCGAGAUUUGGAAAGAUACCAUCAGUCAUAAUAUUGAUAUCAAUGAUGAAACAAACUUCUUCGAAAUUGGUGGUGAUUCACUUAGUGCGCUUCAAGUAACUUGGAAAGUCAAAUGUGUCACAGGCAAAGAGGUUCAUGUCGAUGAUUUAUUUCUCAACCCAACUGUUCAAGGAUAUGCCAAUUAUAUAAAAAAUUUGACCGACUCGGAGAAGGAUAUGGACGUCGGAAUAAAUGAUUUCAGCACAAUUCCAUUAACAAACGCACAGAUGCAAAUGUUCAUUCUUCGACAAACUCAAGAGCCAACCCGAUACAACCUGAUAUUCCAAAUCAUUAUGAAAAUUGAGGAUCAGUUUGAUUAUGAAAAAUUCCAGAAUGCAAUUUUCAACCUGAUUGGAAAUCAAACCAGCUAUCGAACAUGUUUCCGAAAUAUCAAAGGUCCAAUACAAUCAGUGGCGUCUUUGACAGAAAGCUUCUACGAUUUGACACCAAAUCAUACCAGCAAAGAAGAGUGGAAUGAAAUAAUUCAAGGAGAACUUCACUACAUUUUCGAUAUUCUAUCAGAGACUCCAUUGCGAAUCAUCAUGGCUAAAGUGGAUGGAAUGCUUUUGGUACUCUUCAAUCAACAUCAUAUUCUCAGCGAUGGUUGGUCAAUGACUGUCUUCGCUGAUGAGAUAACACGUUUUUACAAUGAGAACUUGAAACGUCAGGUGCAGUCAAUGAGUAAGCUUGGCGUGAUUGAGCAACUACAAACGAAGGAAACGGCAAAACGUGUUGAAGAAGCCGCAAAUCAAUUGAAGAAUUAUGAGCAUUGCGUCAUUCCAUAUGAUCAAUUAGAUGUUGAGUGCUAUAAGAAAAUGGAAUUUUUGAUCCCUUCAAGACUCUGGCAUAAUCUCUUGACCACGUCCAAGAAAUUCAACACAACUCCAUAUAAUGUCGCUUUGACACUGUUCUGCAAGACGUUGAAGAACUUCAUAAUGACUGAAAACCUGCUAUUUGCAUAUGCCAGCUCUGGAAGGAAUGAGCACAGUUCAAAUCUCAUUGGCUAUUGCAUGAACAAUGUUUUGUUCCAUUGUUCGAUAAUGGAUGGAAUUCCAUUUAAGGAAUGCCUUGAAGCUGUCAUACAAUCGGUAAGCCAAUACAAAGACAUUCCUUUUCACAAAAUUGUGGAGAUCGAGAAGCACCUUGGAGCAAUUUCCAUUUAUUUCAACUUCCGCCAAAAAUUGGACUAUCCGACAGUGAAUAUUCCCAAUGCACAAUGCGAAAUUCAACACAUUUCCCUUAACAGCGCAUUCGAUUUUUCAUUCACGAUUGAUGAAACUCCGAAUGGCACAUUGAUAUCGGUAGAUUACGAUAGCGGAAAGUAUAAGUCUAGAACAAUUGAGCAAGUUGUUCAGGUGUUUCUCAAAAGCAUCCAAAUAGACAAACCAACAAUUAUUGAUAGGAUUGCUAGAGCCGAUUACCCGUUAUCGUUGCUCCCAAAAGAGCAAAUUAUUGAAUGGCACAGUUCAAGUGCACACGCAACUCAUGAAAUCACCUAUAAAGGGUUGGCCGAAGAAUUACAAAGCACGGCGAAUAACAUAGAAAACGAGUAUUGCAUCCAAAAUGGGAGAACACCUCGUGAAGACGAUGCUGUUGCUAUAGAGUCUUGCGAGAUUACUAUUUUCGCAUGCUUUUUAUUGGGGGUUGCCUAUGUACCAAUGGAUAGCACCUGGUCCGAAGAGCGAAAAAAUAUUGCGCAAAGGUUGAGCCAAUUAAAUUGGAACGGCGUGUCGAAAAGGGCCGCCAAGAAAUUGAGAGUAUUUUCUAGAAGAAGCCCAUUUGGUAUGAUUUAUAAUUUACUUACUAGUGGCUCUACGGGCCGUCCUAAAGGAGUUGCCAUGGGACAGCAAUCGGUAUCAUCCUUUGUCACAAGCGCAACGAAGACUUGCCUAUUCCGAUCUGGACAUUGGAUUCUUGACUCUGUCAAUAAAGUGUUUGACGUUAGCGUGUCAAAUAUUUUCGGAUGUUUCCUUAAUUACGGAACCCUUGUCCCUAAUGAUUCCAGCUAUCUUUCUACAACACACUAUGCUUUCAUUCCAUCCGCUGUGUUUAAUUCGUUUGAUGAAUCAGCGUUGAAGCGAUUAAGUGUUAAUGAGAUUGUGACGGUUGGAGGUGAUACAAUAGCCACUAUCCCAUAUGAAAAUGCAAUCAACGCUGGAAUCCACCUAAUACAGAUUUAUGGACCAACGGAAACUUGUGUGUGGUCGCUUAUCGCACGCUGCAAAACCGGAAAUUGCGCGAACCUUGGGAAUGCCCUUGAAAACGAGAGAGCCCGCGUCAAAUGCAAUUACAAAAUUGGUGAACUUGUUAUUCAAGGGGUAUCUGUGGCAAGAGGCUAUACAAACGGUAUCGCAUUCAAUUCAGUAUACUGUACUGGGGAUAUUGUGGAGAACCGCGACGGCAGGAUAUCAUUUGUUGGUCGACUAGAUGAUCAAGUGAAGUUUAAAGGGAUCCGCAUCAAUUUGAAAGAGCUUGAGCAAGAAAUGUGCAUGGCUCUCGGCAUUCAGCAAAUCAAGCUUAUUAUGCUUAAUCAGCAACUAAUCGCUUUUCUUGUUACGCAGGAUAGCGUUGAUUUCAAUUCUAUCAAUUUCACACACCGUCCGGAUCAUUUUGUCACAAUUGAAAAAAUGCCGUUGAACGCCAGCGGAAAGGUUGACGCUAAAAUUCUUUUGCAGGCAUUUGAGCAGCUCAGAAAGUCAUACAAGAGAGAAAUUGAAAUGAUGAGAAACUCAUUGGAGGAUCAAGUAUUGGAUGUGGUUUCCACGGCAAUUGGGCAACGAGCAGACCUUUGCGACAAAUUCUCGAAUAUCGGUGGAAAUUCGUUGUCAGCAAUUCAAGUGGCUCACAAAUUAUCGGAAAUUAUUGGAAGUGAAGUGAAAGCGCAUGAUGUUUUACAAUCAGGAUCACUCAAAAAUCUUGUCCAAUCGAUAUCGGGAAAUGUGGAAAUACCCAACAGAAGCGGAAUGAAUGUCAUCACAAAACUUCGAGAAGCUCCAGACUCCAAUAUCACAAUCUACUUGAUUCACGCCAUUGGGGGAACAAUUUAUCCCUAUUACUCGUUUCUACAAAUAUUCCCAAAGAACUUUUCCAUUUAUGGAAUUGAGUUUGAUUUGGACUAUCCAUCAAAUGAUCUUAAAGAGCUUUCGAGAUUCUAUGCAAGAGAGAUUGCGUCACAUGCUUCAGACAAAGGAUUCAAAAACAUAUUUGUUAUGGGGCAUUCAAUGGGUGGAAUAAUGAGCAGAGAGAUUGUUGCAGAAUUGAAGAUUUGGGGAUUCGAGAUUCCAUUUGUGAUUCUUUUCGAUUCCUGGGUGUUGAGGACAAAUGAAUUGGACAUUGAAAAUAUUAAAAACUUUAUAACGUAUGUUUUCUCUGGACUUCCUGAUAGUGAGAGACGAGUAGAUCGGGCACUAAAAUUGGCCAAAUUAUUAAGAGAAUACAAGACAUCAGUAUCCGACACGAAGUUAUACUUGUUUAAAAGUAAAUCACUUGGGGAUGCAGCUUUCAAAAAAGCAGUCAGAGUGGACUUGAAUGAAGAAUUGUCGCGUUCAAUGGUUUUCAAUGGAUUUGACGAGCUGUCCCUUCAACCAAUUGACACCUACUUGAUUGAUGGCGACCAUGAAUCGUGCCUAAAAAUUGAGAAUCUUCGAAAGGUUAAAAAUGAAAUUCUUGCACCUUUCCAGCCAUAUUUAUAA